AUGACUAAACAUUCCAACGGGGGUCGUGUGGAUAUUAACGCAAGGACAAAUGAAAAAGCCACCCCUCUUAUGUUGGGAGCAUCCCAGGCUCAUUUCGACAUAACGAAAUUAUUGCUGGAGUACGAAGCUGACUUUGACUUGAAGGACAAGGACGGUGACACGGCCUUACACAUGUGCAUGAUGGGGAGGCGGACGGACCAAGUGCUGUUAAACAUUCUGGGCUUGCGAAACCUGUCGGAGGACGUGGAGCGGAUCAAGAUUGCCAACUUCCUGUACCAACAUGGCGCCAACCUGGAAGCGAGGAACAACAAAGGACAGACUCCCAUCACAUGCUGUCAAAUAACACACAUUCGGGAGGGCGUGCUUAAAUAUGCCACUGAAAACAAACCCACAAAACCAGAACGGCAUCAGACGAGACCCAAAACAGCCAAGGUUGAAAAGGAGAUCUUCACCACUGCAAAACAGAUGUGUCAUAAAUGCUCGGCCCUCGAGGCCAUAGUCAGGUUUGAACCCUGCAAGCACAAGGUGUCAUGUGAGAAAUGCUGCUUCCGGUUUAAGAAGUGCCCCAUUUGUCAGAAAGACAUUCGGAAGAGGGUCGACAAAAAUAACCAGCCAGUGUCGAGUGAUUCCUGUACUAUUCUGUGAAGGGCGUGGGCUUUAUUCAACCAGCUUUGAACGGAUGAACACUUGUAUCAUAAAGCUAUACUCUUAAGUACUACAACAACAAACUGAAAUAUUUUAAAUGUUUUUUUUUUCUGUGUUUAUGAACAUAACCUCCUGUAUGAGUGUAUACCUGUUAUAAUUGCAUACAUUGUAACACUGUCACAUGUUGAUUUCGGCACCUGACUGGUAAUUUCUGAAUAUUCACCAUACUUAUUGUAUUGUAUUAACCCUAAAUACGUUAUAUACGAGGAGCGUUUCAUUUGUUGUAGCAACAUACCACGGUUUCCACGUGCACAUACAUGUAAAGCAUACCAUUGCGAGAGUAUUAAGUUUUAGCUCAACUGAGAACGAAGAGCUCAAUAUAAGGUAUUGCGAUAGACUUCCGGUGCCCGUCGUCGAUCGUCAACAUAUUUAAAACCCCAGGAUAAAACGUGAUUAGAAUGAUUUUCUUAAUGGUGACAUGAUGAAGUUC